GCCUGCCCCGCCAAAGAACCUCCCUCCGUACAAGGUCCAGUUUGGUCCAUUUUGGUCCAGCUCACUGCGGGGUUGCCAUCUGCACUGCCAUUGAGGGCGCUUGGGUUAUCCUCCAGACCAGACCAGCCCAGGCCAGCAGAGCCAAGAACCUAGCAUCGACUGUGUAGCAGCUAGCAGCUAGCAACAAGCAUCUCAUCCCAUCUCGUCUGAUCGAUAUUCCCCCAGUCCCGACCCCCAGUUUCCUCACGCCGCCCACUGCAACGGUACAUACCCAUCUGGCAUCUCAUCUCCAGCCCGGCCCUGCUCUGAUCUGCCGUAUACUUGUCGAUCUGACUGCACAUCUCCAACUCUAACCCUGCUGCUCGCCAUGGGAGACACCGCAAAGGCCGUCCAGGCGCUCAAGGAGUCCAAGCCCCCGGCCACUGACAACUUCACCUAUCUUACCCUCAUCGAGCAGUUCCUCUCGCCAGAAAUCCUGCCCACCCUCGACGAGAUCCUGCAAGAUGCAACCCUCACCUCCGAGAUAGGAUGGGACCUUGUCGACAAGCUUGUCCCCGUGCAGGGGUCGGAGCAGGUCCUCGAGACCGUCGCUCGUCUCGGCAACCCCCGCGAGUGUAUUAUCAAGGUCCUUGAGGUCCUCGAUGCGCUUCAAGUGCCCGCAGAGAAGGUCAACCCCGAGGACCUUACCCUGGACGACGGCGAGGAGGCCAAGGGAAAGCAGCAGCCCAUCUCGACCCAAGAGGCAAACCGCCAGUUCAUCACCCUGCUGGGCAUGCUCGCCAUCCUGCACAGGCGCAUCAAGACCAAGUAUCCCUCGCGUUUCCUGGCCUCCAGCCUGCUCACCAUCUACAAGACCUACCAGCCAAACCAGGAGCAGACAGCAUCCGUACUCAACCUGGUCCACUCGCUGUCCGGCCAGAGGGCACGCCCACCCCUGCCUCAGAGGAAGUCCAGCGUCAACGUUGCCAACCCGGACCACGACGGUGACGCCUCCAAGAAUGCUCCCGACCCUGAGGCUGACAAUGAGGGAGACUCGUUAGACGAGGAUGAGAUCCAGAGACGCCUGUUGCUGUCCUUCACGAGUUGUGUGCUUGAGUCAUAUGUCGGCGCCAACGACAUGUCCUGGUCGAGGAGGCUGCUGGAGUUCUACAGCCCAGACAAGAUAGUCCCCGGUAGGAAAACAGCAACGCAGGCAUUCAGGGAGGACCAGGAGCUGUCAAAUAGGGAUGCCAUGGUUGGGAAGUUGGUGGCACUCACACGAGAUCUUGGCCUGGCCAAAUGCCCCAGGUCCAUCGUCCACGACAUCUGCAACGAACCAGUCAACCGGACACCUCUGACAAACAUAGAAGAGGCAUCCAAUGCAACAGACAUUGACCUCUCAACCGGCGGCAUGAUAUGUCUGAUGGCCUACUGGGUGUUCUCGUCAACCGUCUUCGAUGCCGACGCGCCAACGCCUGAGAUGCGCUUGUUCCCCGACCACCUGACACUGCUCGAGAAUUUCCUGGGCGAGACGCCCCAGUCGCAGAUCCUCGAGCAUCCCGCGACGAUCGAGGCGAUCCUGGUCCUCGGCCUCUGGCUGGAGGAAAACAAGCUCAUCGCCCCGGACACGGCAAAGGACGCCAAGGAUGAACCCAACUUCAUGGCCUACCAUCACGCCCUGACCCUCUGCGCCGUGUUCCACCCGUCAAUACACGUGCGCAACGCCGCUGUCACCCUGGCGGGCCUGGUCCUGCACGACGACCCCGACGACGCAGACCGUCUCAAGAUCCUGGAGGACCUGCUGGAGAAUGCGCCCUUCGCCUCGCUCAAGGCCUGCGCCCUGACAUGGCUGCGCGAGGAGCUCAUCAGCGCCCAAAAGGCCUCUGCAAAGGGCAAGGAGCGCGGCACCGGUUCCAGCGCCGGCGCCAGCGCCAGCGCCAGCUACCAGGGCAACGUGUUCGCGACGACACAGUGUAUAGAGCAGCUGCAGUACGCCAUCUUCCCGAACCUGGUGUCGGCGCUGGAGAAGGCCAGCACGGAGACGCUGCUCGACUACUGGGGCGAGAACUCGACGUUCCUGAUCCAGGCGGCCAAUUUCGCCUAUUUCCUGUUCUCGUCGGACGUGUGCAGGGAAGUCGUGCCCGGGGCCAUGGGCGCGGCCGUCGAGCAGCGGUACGUGGAGCCGCUGCUGGCGGCCGCCAAGAAGCUGGAAGAGGGCAUCAAGAAGGACGGGGACGGCAACGGCGACCAGGGCGGGCAGGCGCUGCUGCUGGAGCUGGAUAUCCUGCAGACCAGGCUCAAGGGCCUGCCGCUGCACUAGACAUGUAGUCAGGUCAUGGUGUGUUGUGGAACAGGCAGAGGAGCUUGGAUGGGCGGCCUUGUGGGAAAGGAUCCUGGAUGAUUGGAGUGUUCACAGACCGGGGUUAAGGGUGGGCGGAGAUGGCGUAAGGAGCAUCAUAGUUUGACUUGUGAGCAGAUAGGUCUGGCGGCGGCAGCAUUUAUAUUUGUUGAUUGGAUGAAGCAAUCAAGUGAAUCAGAUGUAUUUUUGGGAUACCAGUAUUACGAAAGGGAAUGAUAUUUUGCAACACCAACGCCCAAAACGCCUCUUGCCGCGCCGUGCAAUAAUGUGUCCCAUCCGCGCGUGAACAGACCGACCAAGACAAGACACCCACACAAG